UCUCUGCCGGCUGGCGGUGGCUCCGGGUUCCCCUGCGCUGGUGCUCACCGUCUCAAGCUCUCCGCCCGCCCUCGCUCCCGCUCCCGAGCGCGGAGGCGAGCCGCAGCCCGGCGCGGCGGUGGGCGUGUGCGCGCUGAAGGACGCCUCCUCUCGCUCCCGUGUUGCAGGCGGCGGCUGGCGGCUCCGGCUCGGGCAGCGGCGGAGGCUUCCGGAGUCCCGCGGCGAAGAUGCUGAAAGUCACGGUGCCCUCCUGUUCCUCGUCCUGCUCCUCGGUCAGCGCCAAUGCCCCAGGGUCUGGGAACCUCGUCCCGGAUUACUGGAUCGACGGCUCCAACCGGGAUGCUCUGAGCAAUUUCUUCGAGGUGGAGUCAGAGCUGGGACGGGGUGCUACAUCCAUUGUGUACAGAUGCAAACAGAAGGGGACCCAGAAGCCCUAUGCUCUCAAAGUGUUAAAGAAAACAGUGGACAAAAAGAUUGUCAGAACUGAGAUAGGAGUUCUGCUGCGCCUCUCACACCCGAACAUCAUAAAACUUAAGGAAAUAUUUGAAACGCCCAUGGAAAUCAGUCUGGUCCUUGAGCUCGUCACGGGAGGAGAACUCUUUGACAGGAUUGUGGAAAAGGGAUAUUACAGCGAGCGUGAUGCUGCGGAUGCCGUGAAGCAAAUCCUGGAGGCCGUGGCUUACCUGCAUGAAAAUGGGAUUGUCCAUCGUGAUCUCAAACCAGAGAAUCUUCUCUAUGCAACUCCUGCCCCAGAUGCACCUCUCAAAAUUGCUGAUUUUGGACUUUCUAAAAUUGUGGAACACCAAGUGCUCAUGAAGACAGUGUGUGGAACCCCGGGGUACUGCGCACCUGAGAUUCUCCGAGGCUGUGCCUAUGGACCGGAAGUGGACAUGUGGUCUGUAGGAAUAAUCACCUACAUCUUACUUUGUGGAUUUGAACCGUUCUAUGACGAAAGAGGCGACCAGUUCAUGUUCAGGAGAAUUCUGAAUUGUGAAUAUUACUUUAUCUCCCCGUGGUGGGAUGAAGUAUCUCUAAAUGCCAAGGACUUGGUCAGAAAACUAAUUGUUUUGGAUCCCAAGAAACGACUGACUACGUUUCAAGCCCUCCAGCACCCGUGGGUCACAGGGAAAGCAGCCAACUUUGUGCACAUGGACACGGCUCAGAAGAAGCUCCAAGAAUUCAAUGCUCGGCGCAAGCUUAAGGCAGCAGUGAAGGCUGUGGUGGCCUCUUCUCGACUGGGAAGUGCCAGCAGCAGCCACAGCAGCAUCCAGGAGAGCCACAAGGCCAGCCCAGAUCCAUCUUCAGCCGAGGAUGUUACUGACAACACAGCUGUUCUGGGAAAGAAGAUGCAAGAAGGAGACCAGGUGGCUGCUGAGGGAACAGCAGCUGAGAUGUCGACGCUGCAGGCCGAGGGGCAGGAGGAGGAUGCAGGUGGGAAAAACGAGGAGGUCUCCAGGAUGGUGAUUCAGGCGCUGGAGGAUGGCUUGAAGACACAUGACCCCACAAUGAAGAGGCGCUCAGUGGAGAAGCUGAAGACUGUGGGGGAAGAAAUGGACCCCAAAUCUGAGGAGGAAGGCCCUGCUGUGGAAGCGCAGGAUGUGAUUCUGCCAGAGUACUAAUCUGGCUUCCUUUAGGUUCAGAGACCAAGCCAAACAUUUGAUGUACUUUGUCCUUCAGCAAGGAAGGUGGGGGAGCAUGACAUGCACUAUUGUGAUUCUGUUUUGAGGUGCAAAACAAAAAAAACCAUAUAUACCAGUUGGUAAUCCUAA